CUACUGUUUCUUUCAAGCCUCUCACAUCUGCUAAAUUGAGCCCUUUUUAAGAAUUUUUUUGGGUUUUUCGGUUUCAGUUUGGUCACAUAUUCGUUGAAAACCUUCAGUGCCCAGAAAUAUCAGCGAAUCUUGUUUUUUUGAAGAGUUUUUGGGCGCACAGUUGAUAUUUUACAAUGUCUUUGAGACCCAAUUCUCGGGCAGAGCUGAGGAAGAAAUCUUACAAGGCGGGUGUCGACGCAGAUGAAGCUCGGCGAAAGAGAGAAGACAAUCUCAUUGAGAUCAGGAAAAGUAAGAAGGAAGAUAAUCUCCUUAAGAAGAGAAGAGAAGGAAUGCAAUUGACUCAGGCUUUGCCGCAGUCUGAUCUCGUGAAAAAGUUGGAGAGUCUCCCUGUAUUUGUGGCAGGAGUAAUGUCAAAUGAUCCUCAUUUGCAAUUGGAAGCAACCACUCAAUUUAGGAAGAUUCUUUCAAUUGAACGGUGUCCCCCUAUUGAGGAAGUUGUUAAUGCUGGAGUUGUCCCUCGGUUGGUAGAGUUCCUCACAAGAGUUGAAUUCCCUCAACUUCAGUUUGAGGCAGCGUGGUCUUUGACAAACAUUGCAUCAGGAACCUCAGAACACACACGAGUUGUAAUUGAUCAUGGUGCAGUGCCACACUUUGUGCAGCUUCUUAACUCCCCAAGUGAUGAUGUUCGAGAGCAGGCUGUUUGGGCAUUGGGAAAUAUAGCUGGUGAUAAUUUCAAGUUUAGAGAUCUAGUUCUCGGUCAUGGUGCUCUUAUGCCACUCCUGGCCCAACUGAAUGAGAAAACCAAUCUAUCGAUGCUGAGAAAUGCCACUUGGACACUAUCCAAUUUUUGUCGUGGCCUGCCACAGGCACCUUUUGAACAGACCAAGCCAGCACUUCCAGCUCUUGAACGCCUUAUUCAUUCCGAUGAUGAGGAAGUCUUGACGGAUGCAUGUUGGGCUCUUUCAUACCUCUCAGAUGGAACAAAUGACACAAUACAAGCUGUGAUAGAGGCUGGUGUUUGUCGUAGACUUGUCGAGCUUCUGCUGCACACCAAUCCUAUGGUUCUCAUUCCGGCUCUUCGCACAGUGGGCAACAUUGUUACUGGAGAUGAUGUACAGACACAGUUCAUGAUUGAAAAUCAUGUGCUUGCAUGCCUUUUACAUCUCCUGACAAACCAUCAAAAGAAAAGUAUCAGGAAGGAAGCAUGUUGGACAGUUUCAAACAUCACAGCAGGCAAUAAAGAACAAAUACAAGCUGUCAUUGAUGCAAACAUUAUUCCUCCUCUUGUGAAUUUGCUCCAAACUGCUGAAUUUGACAUCAUGAAAGAGGCGGCAUGGGCAAUCUCCAAUGCCACUUCGGGCGGUUCACACGAACAAAUCAAGUAUUUGGUGAGUCAGGGAUGUAUUAAGCCAUUAUGUGACCUGUUAGACUGCAAAGACCCAAAAAUUGUAUCAGUUUGUCUUGAGGGGCUUGAGAACAUCCUGAAAGUAGGAGAGGCAGAAAAGGAUCUAGGAAACACUAGUAUAAAUAGUUUUGCUCAGCUCAUUGAUGAUGCUGAAGGACUCGAAAAGAUUGAAAACUUGCAGAAUCAUGAUAAUGAGGACAUCUAUGAGAAAGCUGUGAAGAUCCUUGAAACCUAUUGGCAAGAAGAUGAUGAGGAUGAGCAAAACAUAGCUCCUCCUGGUACUGAUGGCCAGCCGGCCUUUAGUUUUGGUACAAAUAGAGCACAAGUUCCUCCAGGUGGUUUUGCUUUUGGUUGAGGAGGUGGAUUUCUUUUUGCUGGAUCAUACAAUGGGUGUUCAAAGUUUUGAACAAUGAUUUUGCCAUUUCAAAGAAAUGGGCUCAAUAUAUAGGUGUUCAUUAUUUUU